AGGGGGGUGGAGGCGGAAGUGGCGGCGCCGGCCCCGGGAGUAGGAAGGAGCCGGGGCUGCAGCCGGAGUGGAGCGGCUGCCAGCCGAGGAGCAGGCGCGGCCGCGGCGCCAUAUUGCGGCCCCAAGCGGCCGCGACCGAGUCAUGGCCGAGACCUACGACUUCCUCUUCAAAUUCCUGGUGAUUGGCAGCGCAGGAACUGGAAAAUCAUGUCUCCUUCAUCAGUUCAUUGAGAAUAAGUUCAAACAGGACUCCAACCACACAAUCGGCGUGGAGUUUGGAUCUCGCGUGGUCAACGUGGGUGGAAAGACUGUGAAGCUACAGAUUUGGGACACAGCCGGCCAGGAGCGGUUUCGGUCGGUGACACGGAGUUAUUACCGAGGCGCGGCUGGAGCUCUGCUGGUGUAUGACAUCACCAGCCGGGAGACCUACAACUCGCUGGCUGCCUGGCUGACGGAUGCCCGCACGCUGGCCAGCCCCAACAUCGUGGUCAUCCUCUGUGGCAACAAAAAGGACCUGGACCCGGAGCGUGAGGUCACUUUCCUGGAGGCCUCCCGCUUUGCCCAGGAGAACGAGCUAAUGUUCCUGGAGACUAGUGCCCUCACGGGUGAGAACGUGGAGGAGGCUUUCCUGAAGUGUGCCCGCACCAUCCUGAACAAGAUCGACUCAGGUGAGCUCGACCCCGAGAGGAUGGGCUCAGGCAUUCAGUAUGGGGACGCGUCCCUCCGCCAGCUGCGGCAGCCUCGGAGUGCCCAGGCCGUGGCCCCUCAGCCCUGUGGCUGCUGAGACGUCCGGAGCCAGCUCACCUGUUCUCCAGGACCAGCCCUGCCCUCUGGCUGGGGCCUAGCCCCAGGCCCUGGGAGGCAGAGCCCCUCACCUGUCCUGGCCCCAGAGAAGCUGCCCCGCCACCUAUCCCCCUUCCCUGGCCUGGUGGGGCCUGGCUGAGGGGCAAGACUGAGCCACGGGGGAAGGGGGAAUCCGUACCUGCUGCUGCUUCCUCUGUCUUGGCUAACCCCUGUCCCCCCUGAAACCCUAACCAUACUCUAAGAGUUCCCAAAGCCUGAGACCAGGGCAAUUGGCCCCAGCUCCCCGCCUGGCCCUGCCAUUGCGAGUAUGUGUUAUUUAUUGCCUGGAGGCCUGUUCAGUCCCUACUCCACCUCCAUAAAGCAUUGUUUACACCUGC